GCUGUCGCCUCGGGGACUGUGAGGCACGCAAGUGGUGGCGGGGCUGAGAUUGCCAACCUCUGCCCUCAGGCGGAUUUGCGGUGUUCCAGGACGGGGUGUUCUGCAAGUCUUCCUCUCCCUCCCUUCCCCGACGCCUCCUCUCCCCACUCUCUGCCUGCAGACUCGGGGGACGCUGAGCGUGGAUGGUGGCUCUCACCCAUGCAAGAAGACACCAGAUUGCCCGCGGUGCCUACGAUCCGAUCCGUGGGCGGCUUCCCUUCCUCAUCCCACAAGCCACUCCCUGGCUCUGAGCACCAGCGCCUUCUGAAACACCCCCUCCCUCUUCGAAGGAGGCUGGGCUGGCCAGGGGGGUUAUUUUGGGAGCAGCUUCUGAGAUCCAAUGGCCUUGUUAGGGCAACGCUGACCUUUCCGUCCCGGGAGGAGGGCAGGAUCGGAGAAGGGGGCGGGGCGGCGGCGGGGAGAGCGACAGCCCCUCACGCCCACUGGGGUGCAGAAGAAGGGGGAACUCAGACUCUGGCUGGGGGCUGCCACCAACGGGGAAUUUCCCUCCAUGAAACGGACUGUAGUCCCCUCCACCCCCACCCCCACCCCCCUUUUUUUAACUGUGCUGCUUAAAGGGAUCCCACCGUUUCCCCUUUGACUCCAUGGAAGCCCGACUUGGGACAUUUUGGGGACUUUGAAUAGUUCCUUCCUGCUUCCUUCCCACCUGGCAGCUGACUGAGUGGAGGCCUCCCAGGCAUGGCACUGAGCAGCCGACCCAGGGCUGGCUUGGCCGGGCCCUUUCAGCCUCUGCCGGCAUCUUGCUCUCCCCCUCCCGGGGCGCGGUGGUGAGUCUGGGGGCCCAGCCCCGAGCACGCCUGGAGAGUGGCCCUGGCACCACCAUACCCCUGCCACCCAAGCUGGAGACUGGUGAGGUUGUCGGGGGCUAUGAUGAGAUGAGCGGGGGCCGCUUCGACUUUGACGAUGGCGGGGCGUACUGCGGGGGCUGGGAGGGGGGAAAAGCCCACGGGCACGGACUGUGCACUGGCCCCAAGGGCCAGGGCGAAUACUCGGGCUCCUGGAACUUUGGCUUUGAGGUGGCAGGCGUCUACACCUGGCCCAGCGGGAACACCUUCGAGGGAUACUGGAGCCAGGGCAAACGGCACGGGCUGGGCGUAGAGACCAAGGGGCGCUGGCUCUACAAGGGCGAGUGGACGCACGGCUUCAAGGGGCGCUACGGGACGCGGCAGAGCACCAGCAGCGGCGCCAAGUACGAGGGCACCUGGAACAAUGGCCUGCAGGAUGGCUAUGGCACCGAGACCUAUGCGGAUGGAGGGACGUACCAAGGCCAGUUCACCAAUGGCAUGCGCCACGGCUACGGUGUGCGCCAGAGCGUGCCCUAUGGGAUGGCCGUGGUGGUGCGCUCGCCCCUGCGCACGUCGCUCUCGUCCCUGCGCAGCGAGCACAGCAAUGGCACGGUGGCCCCGGACUCGCCCGCCUCGCCGGCCUCAGACGGCCCGACGCUGCCCUUCCCCGCCAUCCCGCGCGGCGGCUUCGCGCUCAGCCUCUUGGCCAACGCCGAGGCGGCCGCCCGGGCGUCCAAGGGCGGUGGCCUCUUCCAGCGCGGGGCGCUGCUGGGCAAGCUGCGGCGCGUCGAGUCGCGCACGUCCCUGGGCAGCCAGCGCAGCCGCGUCAGCUUCCUCAAGAGCGACCUCAGCUCAGGUGCCAGCGACGCCGCCUCCACCACCAGCCUGGGCGAGGGCGCCGAGGGUGACGAGGCCGCUCCGUUCGAGGCUGAUAUCGACGCCACCACCACUGAGACCUACAUGGGCGAGUGGAAGAAUGACAAGCGCUCGGGCUUCGGCGUUAGCGAGCGCUCCAGCGGCCUCCGCUACGAGGGCGAGUGGCUGGACAACCUGCGCCACGGCUACGGCUGCACCACGCUGCCCGAUGGCCACCGCGAAGAGGGCAAGUACCGCCACAACGUGCUUGUCAAGAGCACCAAGCGCCGCGUGCUGCCGCUCAAGAGCAACAAGGUCCGCCAGAAGGUGGAUCAUGGUGUGGAGGGCGCUCAGCGCGCAGCCGCAAUAGCGCGCCAGAAGGCUGAGAUCGCGGCCUCCAGGACGAGCCAUGCUAAGGCCAAAGCUGGGGCAGCGGAACAGGCCGCCCUGGCCGCCAACCAGGAGUCCAACAUUGCCCGCACUUUGGCCAGGGAGCUGGCUCCAGACUUCUACCAGCCAGGUCCUGAAUAUCAGAAGCGCCGGCUGCUCCAGGAGAUCCUGGAGAACUCGGAGAGCCUGCUGGAGCCCCGCGACCGGGGCCGGAGCGCCGCGGGCCUCCCAGGGCCGAGCCGCGAGAGCCCGCAGCUGCACGAGCGCGAGACCCCGCGGCCCGAGGGCGGCCCCCCGUCGCCGGCCGGGACGCCCCCGGAGCCCAAGCGGCCCAGGCCGGGGGCGUCCAAGGACGGCCUGCUGAGCCCGGGCGCCUGGAACGGCGAGCCCGGCGGCGGGGGCAGCCGGCCAGUCACGCCGACCGAGGGCGCGGGCCGCCGCAGCCCGGCGCGCGCAGCCAGCGAGCACAUGGCCAUCGAGGCGCUGCAGACGCCGCCCGCGCCCGCGCGGGAGCCCGAGGUGGCCCUCUACCGCGGCUACCACAGCUACGCCGUGCGCACCGCGCCGCCCGCGCCGCCGCCCUUCGAAGAGGAGCCCGAGCCCGAGGCCCCCGGGGCCGACUCGGCGCCCCCGUCCCCGGCCACCGCCCCCGUGCGUGUCCCCACGCCCUCGGGCCCCGAGUCCCCGGCCAAGCUGGAGCCCAAGCCCAUCGUCCCCAGAGCCGAGCCCAAGCCCAAGGCCCGCAAGACCGAGGCCCGAGGGCUGACCAAGUCCGGGGCCAAGAAGAAGGCUCGGAAGGAGGCAGCGCUGGCGGCGGAGGCUGAGGUCGAGGUGGAAGAGGUCCCCAACACUGUCCUCAUCUGUAUGGUGAUCCUGCUGAACAUCGGCCUGGCCAUCCUCUUCGUUCACCUCCUGACCUGACCCUCGUCUGCCAGAGCCAGGAGUUCCUGCUGAGGACACCGGGACCCGUCUUUUUGCAAUGCCAGGCAGGGAGGAGGACUGGAGUCUGGACCCGGAGCCCCAGUGUCCGGCUCACAUCUGCACCACAGACAUUUAAGGGGCCUCCCCGUGUGUCAGUGCUGGACGGUGGGAAGCGCCAAGAGGAAUAGAAUGUGUGUGUGUGGGGGGCCCUCCAGGAGCUCUCCCCCUGGCAGCAGGGAAAGCCCUGAGGGAAUCAGCUUCCCGAUGUGCUCCUGUCCCUCACCCGCUCCCUUGCCUUGUCCCUAAGUCACCCCCUCCCUGGGCUUUUGUGUGUUUUGGAAGAAGUCACUGAACCAAGAUAUUAAUAUUAAAUCCUACCCCUCUUUCUCUUAUUCACCCCCCCGCCACCUUUUUUUUUUAAGCUUCUGGCUGGUGGGCUGAGACGGCCCACAGAAGCAGAGGGAGUGAUGAAAUCCCUUGUGGUGGGCCAAGGAGACCCCUUGGACCGGUGCAGAGACCCUUCCUUUUGCAGCCUUAGCACCCCUGCCCUCCCCUUUGCCCCUUGGUCACAGACUUUCUGGAUGACAAUAGAGGACUGGACAAGCUCCCAUCCCAGAAUGCCGUGUUCCUGUCUCUUCCCACUGGUCCAGUUAGCCUGGACCAAUGGAAAAGGGGGCUUUGGCUGGGAACCCAGACGAUGGGGAGAGGAAACCAGGAGGGGCCGUUCCCAGGGUCCUUGUUUUUGAGUGUGUCUGAUCCUGAGACUGGGGCUGCAUUUAAAGCUUCCAGGGGGCUCAGGGUGGGAGCGAGUGAAAGGGGUCACCCUGUAGGUCCCCUGAGGCUGGCGAGAUGAAGCUACUGGGUGAUGCCUUGCGGAUUGACUUGUCUGCUUCCUCCCCCAGGGCUCCCUCUUAGGAAGCCCAGGGAAGCCCAGACAGACCUUCCUGGGACCGACUAUCAGGCAGGUGCUGACGACAGGCUGCUUGUCAAGAAGCACUUCCCAGGAAGAGAGGAUGGAGUCUGGGGCUCUGACUGGGUGCUUGGGGGUGCCCCUUCAGCUUGCUUGGCAGAAAAUGACAUUUGCAUGUACCUCACUUAAAGAUGUUUUGUACCACACUAGGUCUCUGGGCAUGGGGACAGGGAGGAGAGGGCUAUCCCCCUGCCGCAAGGAGAACAGACCGAAAGGGCUGCCAGGCCCCGGAAAGCCCAGGAAGGAUGCGGUGACGGCAUCCAAGGAGAGCUCGAGGGAGCGAUUGCUUUCCUGCCUUGCUUCUCUGGACCUUGGGGCCUUGGCAGUGUGGCCAGGUCUCCCCAGGGCAGCUCUGCGACCCAGAAGUUUGCCUCUUCAUGGGGUCAGCUUUCCCAUUUCGGCCUCAAUACUUGGGAACUUUCCCCCCAGCUUCAAACCUGAUGUUUCAAGCACCAUCUGGGCCUCAUGGCUUCGUUGGAAUCCUGGCUGCAUUUCUGCGGAGAGGAGCCUGUGGAUUCUCCCAUCCUCGGCCCAUCAGAGCUGUGGCUCUGCGUCUGGGUCUGUGGGAUUUUCUGGACUCCUAGGGAAUGAGGGGAUGGGGGAGGGUGGGGAGGGAGCCUUGCUCAGAGCUGUGGCUCCAGGUCUCCACACUGAGGUCACUGUCUGCAGCUUUUGGUCUGGUCCAGUGCUUGGGACAAACCUUUGGCUGUUGGGGCUCCGGGGCCCAGCUUUGGUUCAGGAUGCUGCAGUCUGUGCAAUAAUAAACCCGCAUCUGCUCACGGGCUCUGGCUGGGCUGCAGU